GACACGCAUGCGCUGUGUUUUUCUCCAUCUGGCAGGGCGAACAGAAAGCAGCUGCGGAGCAAAUUGAAAUUAGCUGCACUACUACCAUGGGGAACACCACAAGCGAGCGGAUGUCUGGGGAGCGCCAUGGUUCUAAGUCCCACCGGUCUGAUGGUGCCAGCGGCUCCCACCACACCAAGGACCAUCCACACAAGAUCAUGGUGGGCAGCACUGAUGAUCCAAAUGUCUUCAGCACCCAUGACUCCAAGCUUCCUUGUGAGAAGGAAUUAAUGUGGCAGCCCGAUCUGGAUGACUCUACCAAGCCAGCACAGCAGGCUCGGCCCACAGUCAUCCGAUGGACCGAAGGAGGGAAGGAAGUCUUCAUAUCGGGAUCUUUCAACAAUUGGAGCACCAAGAUCCCCCUCAUUAAAAGCCACAAUGACUUUGUUGCUAUUCUGGACCUGCCAGAAGGAGAGCACCAAUACAAGUUCUUUGUGGAUGGGCAGUGGGUACAUGACCCCAAUGAGCCGGUGAUCACCAGUCAGAUGGGAACCAUUAACAACUUGAUUCAUGUCAAGAAGUCGGACUUUGAGGUGUUCGACGCUUUAAAAGUGGACUCUCUAGAAAGUUCAGAGACUUCCUGUCGAGAUCUUUCUGGUUCCCCUCCGGGGAUUUAUAGUCAAGAAAUGUACGUCUAUCGGCCUGAAGAGCGUUUCAAAUCCCCACCCAUUCUCCCUCCCCACUUGCUUCAAGUCAUUCUCAAUAAGGAUACCAACAUUUCGUGUGAUCCAGCCCUUUUGCCUGAGCCAAAUCACGUCAUGCUGAACCAUCUCUAUGCACUCUCCAUUAAGGAUGGCGUCAUGGUGCUCAGUGCCACCCAUCGCUACAAGAAGAAGUACGUUACCACCCUCCUUUACAAACCCAUUUAAGUCAUUGGUGCCUCUUCAUCUUUUGGAUGGAGGAUGGGGAAGAUAUUCAGAGACUGCUGUUUUGUGUGCACACACUGGGAUACACACAAGCGUUAAGACUGGCAGUUGGAUGCUUAGUAGAGCCAAAAGCUCCGUAAGAUGCCAACUUUGUCUUGCUCACGUGUGAUUGAAGCACUUCCCUUCCCUUUCUCCCGUACAACUUGUGCCUCUUAGCAGCAUAAAACUGGUAAUGUCAAGGUGUUGGACACAUUAUCCGAUGGACUCUAAAAACUUGGCUUCCUUGCGAGGAACAUGAAGGAGAAGGGAAGGCCUUUCAUUUCUCUUCCUUGGUGGUCUGUCCUGGAUGGCCUCUUACUGUCCUCCCACACUAGAGAUCUUUAUGGGAAUGGCAGAGUCAAAGCGGAGAAGGGCAUUUCCUUAUUUCAUCUGACCUUUGGUAAACACCAGCUUCCUGUUCCACACUAUUGUUUGAUUGUUAAUUGUUAUUAAUUUAAACAGUGCCGUUUUACAGAUGAUUAUAAAACCAUCACUCUUGGGCUUAGGGGUGGAUUUUAGUCCCUAGCCAAAAAACCUUCAUGUACAAAGGACUGAAGCAUGACGCAGUUUACUAUUGAAAUAAAUGUAUGGUAUACUGGAUCCAUACAUUGUAAGCAAAUCAGUGCAAAAGGCAAGGUUUUAAUAUUCAGCAAUUCAACACACAGUGUGUUCAGUGGAUUUCCAGUAAAGUCUGAUCCCUUUCGACGAAAAUAUUCAAGAGCACCAUCCAUUGCCUGUAUAGUAUGUAACAAACUUGUGUGUCUGUUUAGGAAGAUAGACUCUCCUUCAAACUCAGCACUCCUUGGUUGGCAGUACGUGACGUAAAUAAAUAAGUGCUCCAUCCCCUGCCACACUGAAUCACAAACAUCUUUAAAAACAUCCAGGUUAUUUAGUGUAGCUAAAUAAAGCGAGAAGGGGAAAAACACCUUUUAAAAAAAUUCUGGCAUCCAGAUAUUCCUGUCAGUAAGUUUAAGAAUUAUGGGCACAGUAAAGAUAAAUACCAUAUUUAAAGAAUCGGAAUUCUUCGCAUUCAGUGAAAUACCUGGUUUUGAGUUUUUAAAAAACAAAAUAUACAGCUUCUCCUCAGGAGGCACAUCAAGGCUUUAGGAGUUCCUCUUUACCCUAAUCCCAAAUUCCAAACAAAACAGAGAGUCCUCCUGAUAAAGAAUAAAGCCAUUCUUGUAAGUUAAAGGCACAGCACUGAGAGAGAGGGGAGGGAUCCAGAUCAGUUAACAACCCACAUGGCAAAAAAUGUUAAUGAAAAACAAGGACAACUCAGCAGGAACGAUAAACACACAGAAAAACCAUAAAAUCCAUUCACAGAUGUUUGCAAAUUUUAAAAAUCUAAAAAACUUUGCAACAAGAAUUUCUCAAUCUCCUUUCAGUGAUAAGAAAGCAAUCUGGAUUUUUUCAGUAACCAAAAAAAAUCUUAAUCCACAUAAUCCAAAGCCACAAAUACCAAAGAAGCAACCAUAACUUUAGAUUUAAUCCAAAAUAACAAUCAGCAGUCAAGAACCAAGGGUGAACUUGGCAGCCGUGGCUCUGGCACAGAGCUCCACCAGUCCCUUCUCUGUCACCUGCCUGGAAUGGGAGAGUGCAGCCUCCAUCCUUCCCUAGAUUGGUGUACAGGGGCACUGUUUCUAAGACCCUAUUAAAAAGUUUGCUGGUUUACCUUUGUUUUUUGAUAAGGCAUCUGACACAUUUAUCAAUUUCCUCAUGGGCUUAAUUAAUCCUGUGAUUUACCUGCUUUUAUUGUUUGUGCUGAAUCAUCCUUGCUUUCUGAUGGCAUUUAUUUGCCACAUUGGUAACUGGUCUGAUUACCUUGUAUACUAUAUCUUUUAAUUGGUUUUUAUGUUUUUGAUGCUUAUAACAGAGGCAUACAAUUCGAAGAGCUACAUGGUCCAAAUAAUGAAUUUACAGCAGUAGGUUACAUCUAUAUGUACAGUCAUUGAUUCUUUGGGAAAUCUCAAGGCUUAAUUUAAGAAAAAAUAUAUCUAGAGAAGGGAGAAGUUCUAGGCAAGGAAAUUGCGUGCUAAUGAAACAACACUGACAUAUCAAAGCUCUGCUUAAGGUAAACCACCAUAAGAAACUACAACAUUGUGAACGUGUCUAGCAGCUUGAAAAUUUUAGUGUAAAAAAUGUACUGCCAGGAAGUUGCUUUGCCUUGGAAAGCUGAUUCCCAGUCACACGCAGUAUAUGUGAGUGGUUGACACUUCUCUUGUCAGUUAAAAUAGAUAUUUUAAUUAAAAUUUGCUUGGGAAAUUAAUGCAAUGGUCUGGUAGUUGCUGCGAUCUUUGACAUCUUUUUUAAAAAAUGGGAUGCAGAUUGAAUGUUUCCAUUCAUUCAUUUGUUUUCCAUAUUUGUUGAUAUAUUCUUGUUAAGUUUUUAGUGGACUCAGUUCUGUAGCUUGAAAUAGCUCUAUUGAUAACCCAUCUACUUCUGGUGAUUUGUUUCUCCCAGUUGCUUUGAGUGCCGUUUUUACUUCACUUUCUAAAAUUUCAGGUUCUUCAUCAAAAGAUUCUUCUGUGAAGAAAUCUGUCAUCCUUUCAUCUCUUCUGUAUACCGAAUCUACUGAAUGAAUGUAUUGUAUAUGGCCAUAGGCACUCAGUAGCCGAGGGUCAGACUCGACUGUGUGGCUUGGAUCAGAUCGGAUAGGCACUCACAAUCCAAAACCAUCAAAAAGCAAAAAAAAUACAAGAAUACAGCUAUAAUUACAUACAUAAUCUCUUCUGUAUAGUUCUUCAGUGUAUUAUUUCCACCUUUUCUUUACUUUGUCCUAACUGGUUACUGUAUUUCUAUGUUGAUAUCUCAACAUCCCUAGCCAUGGUUUGAAUUUUCCUUUGGUUUUCUGGAUCUUAUGAAACAGAUUUCUUGUUCUUUUUUGUUGUUCCCUUCUAUUUCUAUUCACGAGAUAUUAUAAUAAUUCCCUUUGUCUCUCUGUGCAAGUUGCUGAAAAGCUGCAUGUAGAAUUCUGAUUCUGUUUCUCUCACCUUUUAUUUGAGAAGAGGGGGCAGAUUAUGGGUGCUGGCUAGGGAGGGGCUUCAGAGUAUGUCUUUUUGCUUUAUAAGGAUUCACUUCCUGUUAUAUUGCCUGGUUUGUUUGGAACUUGGGAUGAGAGUGGUGAAAAAGCAUUUGCGUUCUCAGUAGUUUCUCCUUGGAAGUUACUUUUUUGUUAGUUGUGCAAGUGUGUGAAGUUUUAAAAAUUGGAAAGCAGGUAUUUGGUUGAAUAUUUAAGAAACACAUUUCUUAAAACUAGUGUUUAUCUUCUGUGGGGGAAAUCAAAUGUUCAUAUUGGUUAAACUUGAUACAAACUUGGAGAUUUAAGAAUUACGAAACAUUCCCCCCCCCCUUUCCCAUAAGUUUUUCCAACUAAUGCCGGAGUUGUGGGUUAGUAGUUUAUUUUUUAAAGGUUGGGUGUGGAAGGAUCAGGAAUAAUAUUUGAUGGAGAUUUCUGCUGACAAGGAGCCUCGCGUUUGCAGGAGAAGGGUUUCUGUAUAUGGACAGAUGGUUAUACAUUCUGUGGAUGGUGUGCUUGAAGGUUUUUGUGAAAAUGCUUCCAACUUCACCAAAGAGCCAUUGAGCACAUAUAUGAUACUUUACGUAUUGAAUUGUUGAAUAGAGAGCACUGACAUUUGGUCCUUUUGGAGUCCAUUUGCUUAUGAUACAGUUCAUGUACCACAUAUGAUGCUUCAGUAGUAAACUACAUUUUAUUUUUAGUCCUUUUCAUUUGAAUGGGAUUUGGGUUACGCGGACUGACCCUAGAUAUCUUUGUAUUUCUGUUUCGGUCACUGAGGUUCUUUUUUGCACCUUCGCCCAGGAAUAUGGGAGCUGCUGUAUUGCAGGAUUGGUUGUGAAGUUCACACACUGACCUCUGCAACAUGAAGUUGUACCAUGUGCAUGUGAAAGACACCCAACUAGUGUAAGGAAUGUUUUCAUCCCUCUGUCAAGGUCUGUAGACGUCCAGAACAGAGGGGGAAAUAGCAGCAAUGCUUAAAUAGGAAUAGGGACUCCCAGAAACUGGAAUCACCUUGCAGAAUCAGGAUCUGGCUACUUCUGAGACUGCUUCAACACAGCAGUGAUUCCCCGUUUUGCUCUCAUUGCCGCUUCAACAGCAAAUUUGUUCAGGGGGCAAUGGAGUACCUCAUGGGGCAAUUUUAUUUACUCCAUUUAUAACCCCGCCUUUCUUUCCAGUGGGGAGCUCAAGCAACUUACACCAUUCUUCCAUCCUCCAUUUAAUCCUUCCGACAGCUCUGCGAGGCAGGUUAGCCUAAGAGAAUGUGACUGGCCAAAGGUCACCUAUGAAUCUUCCAUGGCAGAGUCGACAUUCGAACUUGAGUCUCCCAGAGCCUGCCACUCUGACCAUUAUACCACACUGGCUUCUUUCCCCACUCACACACCAUUCCCUCCCCCUUGCCCAUAGUGGGCUUUUUGCCUUUUAAAAAAGAUUGAUGGUAAGUAUAUCACUAUAGUGCUACCAAUAACUUUUUAAAAACUGAGCAUGAACCUUCUUUUAGUAGGAGGGGGAAGGGCAAAUGGGAGGGAGUUGAGUGCUUUGAGUGCAUUUAUGCUUUCCCCAAACAUGUUUUUGGUACAGUUUUUCAUUGAAGUAGGUUUGGGGAACCAACCCCCCCCCCCCGAAAGUUGGCAGUAACAUGACAAUAUUGUGUGGAAAUCAAAAUAAAAAAAUGAAGAGGGGGGCGAAUGAAGCAAUAGCCCCAUGUGGAAGCAACCUGGGAAGCUUUUGAUUGGGUGGGAGGGUGGCAGUGGCCUACUCCUAUUGGUUGUUCUUAGCAUCUGCUAAUCAAAGGCCCACUGCCUCCUGAAUGUGUCAGUUCCAUAUUAAAUUAUCAUGGCUGUUAGUCAUGUGACUUGCAUUAUUAAAACUGUUGUUGCCCUUUU